AUGUAUAGGAAUGAAUUAGAUCUAUUCAUAUUUUCAUCCUCCAACAGAAGAAUCUAAAUUUUAGGAUCAUUUAAUAUACAUGCAGAUAUCUGGGUCUGCAUAUUCAAUCCAGAAUAAGAUAUAUUUACAACAGAUUCUGAAGAUUAAAAUGUUAAAGCGUUUAAUUUUAAUUAAAACUAAAUUGUUGAAUUAACUGGAUAUAAGUUAGCUGUAACAUUUUUAGAUUGGAAAUAUUCACAAAAUUAAUUAAUAUUGUAUUCUGAUAAUAGAAUAUAUAAUAAUAAGGUUUUAUGUUCAAUCAUAUAAUCUCAUCAAAGUAAUUAAUUAAUAUAUUUUUUUAAAAAACGAAUGGUUUACUUUAAUUUAAAUGAAUGUAUAUUAGAAUCUUCCUGCUGUGGGCUGUCAAAAUGGAUAUUUUUGUUGAUAUGA